AUGGGGAGCUCAUAAUGUUGUUCUGUUAAUACUAUUGAAGAGACAUCAGAAUUAGCUGUUGGAAUGAAAGAAACUUCUUAAUCCUCAAAGGGUCUAAACAUUCAAGGAGAUGGACAAAAAAUUAAAAAUUAACCCUUGUAUUUAUUCAAAUUGAAUAAUGAAAAGAUCUCCAAAGCAAAAACAAAAGGGUGUGCAUGGUAAAUUUAGAAUCGAUGAUCCUUAAACACCUGGAUUUGCUGAUAAUAAAUCUAUCCACAGUAAAUAAGAAUCUGAAUAAUUAUCUAAUAAAGACAUCUAAUUAAUAGCAGAGAUUGUUAUGUAAUAUGAUGAUUUACCUUAAAAAAUUGAAGAAGCAAAUGAAGAAAUAUUCAUUUCUUAGCCUUCAUUAAAAAAGAAACGAAAAAAUGAUUCACCUUUAUGUGAUUUCUAACCAAAAAAUUCUUUAAAAUCAUUUGAUUCUAAAAGACUUGAUAAAUUAAAAUCUAUUAAUGAAUAUCGAUAGAACUAAGAAGAACUAGGAAAACAAGAAUUAGAAAGUCAAAGAAGUUAAAGUGCUGAUAAUAAAUCAGUUAAAAGUAUUCUAAAAUAGGAAAUGAAAUUCAGCUAAUUUAAAAAAGGUUAGAAAAAUAAUGAUAAUCAUUCUCAAAAAAAAGUGCAUUUUUAAAUGAAUAAAUGA